UCAUCACCUUUCCUGUCCCUCACCACGUAGCUGAGCCGUCAGCUCUCAACAUGUUUCCCCAGUGCUCGUGAGGGAUGAAAUUUUGUCCUUCAAACCAAGGCGGCUGGAGGCGAUAUCCGGUGCCUGGCGAAAAGCAGUCGCAAGUAUGUGCUCGUGCUCUAACGUCAUCGAUGGGGGAGUCGUCACAGCCCGUCACUGGCUCAAGUCUGGACCGAAGAUAAGAAAGCACUGAUCGAGUCUCCCGCCGGCCAGAACUCUUCCUCUCGCCCUUCAAAAGUGGGCGUUUGUCGAUAGCAGGAUCCCGUCUUCAGCAUGAAAUACGUUCGCCUUGGAAACAGCGGCCUGAAGGUCUCUCGUAUCAUUCUUGGUUGCAUGAGCUAUGGAUCCCCGGAGUGGCAGAAAUGGGUGCUUGAAGAAGAAGAGUCUCUCAAGCACAUAAAGACUGCAUACGAUGCGGGUAUCAACACUUUCGACACUGCCAACACUUACAGCAACGGUGCAUCCGAGGUGAUCUUGGGCAAAGCGAUUAAGCAGUUCAAUCUCCCGAGAGACGAAAUUGUGGUCAUGACCAAGGAAAGUGAAAUCUUCGCAUCACAGGGCGCGUUCAUAAUUCUACGCCUUGCUCUCCUGCAGGUCUUUUUCCCCUGUGGCCGUAAGCCCAGCGAUCUGGCGGCUUAUCUCCCGAACUUCGAUGAGGGUGGAUACGUCAACCAGCACGGUCUCAGUCGCAAGCACAUCUUCGAUUCUGUCAAGCACAGUCUUGAGCGCCUUCAGCUCGAUUAUAUCGACGUUUUGCAAUGUCAUCGUUUCGAUAAAGACACCCCGAUUGAAGAGACUGUGAGAGCUUUGGAAUGCUCGAUUCUUGCUCCUAACAAGAUACAGAUGCAAGCUCUGCACGAUGUUGUCAAAGCGGGAUACGUGCGGUACAUCGGGAUGUCCUCUUGCUGGGCUUGGCAAUUCAGUAUCAUGCAGAAUUAUGCGAUCCAGAACAAUCUCACCCCUUUCAUUUCGAUGCAAAACCACUACAGCAUGGUGUAUCGCGAGGAAGAGCGCGAGAUGAUGCCCACUCUGAAACACUUCAAAGUCGGAUGUAUCCCCUGGUCACCACUUGCACGUGGGCUUCUGACUCGUCCUAUCUCUGAGCAGAGCAAGCGAGGAUCACUGGACAUGACAAUCAGCAGUUAUCACAGCGAACCCACGACUAAAAUUGUGAACAGAGUAGAAGAAAUCGCAAAGAAGAAAGGGAAGACGAUGGCUCAGAUUGCCUUGGCUUGGGUGCUGGCAAAGGAUGCUGUCACGGCACCCAUCGUCGGUUCGACUUCAUUGAACAAUCUCGGCGAGCUGUUUGCUGCCACCGAGAUCGAAUUGAGCAAGGAAGAAGUCGAGUACCUCGACGAGCCUUACCAGCCAGGAAAAGUAAUCGGACACUCAUGAGUAUUGUUCAAAUACGUCUCCGUGUCAGAAUGUACAAUCUAAAUUCGUAUAUGUACACAAUUCAUGUGCCAACGUCAAACUGGAUAUGUCUAAGAAUGGUUUCC